UUUUUUUUUAUAAUUUUUGUUUUAUUUUUUCCCCUCUUUCUCUCUAAUAUCUAAAACAUAGGGUUUUUCUUGGAUUUGUUCCAAGAAAGUUUAACGCGCAACCGUCAAUCUCCAGCUACGUUCUAUCUUCUAGGGUUUGUAGAUCCAAGCGAGUUAUAAUUCAUCAUGUUUUGGAAACUUACAGCUCUAUCUGCUUCUUCACCUGUUGAGUCGGUCCUGGACAAGGAAAAUUUCACAUUGGAAGAGCUCUUGGAUGAAGAAGAUAUUAUUCAAGAAUGCAAAGCAUUGAACAAUCGCCUCAUUAAUUUGUAAUAACACUUUACUAGAAAUUUAAAGUCAUCGAUUUGCCACUACAAUAUACUUAAGUGCUAUGUCCAGCAGUCAGGAGACCAUAAUCUUUCCAUGAUAUUAUAUUAUAAGUAGAAUGACAGGAGUCUGUCUCUUGGAUACUUAAAAGAGUACUGUUUUUUCAGCUUGCGUGACAGAGCCCAGGUUGAACAACUAUUGCGCUAUAUCAUAGAAGAAUCUGAGGAGGAUGCUGAUAGCAAACGUACAUUCAAGUAGGUCACUAAUCAUUAUUUGAUGCAGCUGGAAACUUCGAAUAUCUAACCAUUCUCUUUUUACUUUUGCAUCUUUAUUUUCUUGGUUUCCUUUCAUUGCUUGUGAGAUAUUUACAUGUGAAAUUGAUGUAAUCUUCAAGACUUUAGUUGAGGAAGAGGAGCUAAUGAAUAUACUUUUCUCCUUCUUGGAGCCAACCCGUCCACAUAGUGCCUUGCUGGCUGGCUACUUCAGUAAGGUUGUGAUAUGUCUCAUGUUGCGGAAGACGGUUCCACUUAUGAAUUAUGUUCAAGCUCAUCAGCAUGUUUUCCAGCAGCUGGUUGAUUUAAUAGGAAUCACAUCAAUGAAGGAGGUCUUAGUGAGACUUGUUGGAGCUGAUGAUCAUAUGUACCCCAAUUAUGUGGAAGUUAUGCAAUGGUUGGCGGAUAGCAAUUUGUUAGAGAUGAUCGUUGAUAAACUGAGUCCAUCUAGUUCUCCUGAAGUACAUGCUAAUGCAGCCGAAGCUUUGUGUGCUAUAACUCGAAGUACACCAUCUCCACUUGCCUCUAAGCUUUCUACUUCAAGUUAUGUUACAAGGAUAUUUGGUCAUGCUUUGGAAGAUUCACAUUCGAAAUCAGGACUUGUCCACUCAUUAUCUGUGUGUAUAUCCUUGUUAGAUCCAAAAAGAUCAGUUCCUUCUUCGUUCUUUAAUUCUUUUCGAGGUCAACAUGUAUACGAAUCAUCUGUGCAAGUUAACCAGGAGACUGUAGGUGCAAUGCUGCCAAAACUUGGUGACUUGUUGAUGUUAUUGAGUGUGUCACUGGAUGAGAAAAUUUUACCAACUUCAUACGGCCAAUUAAAGCCUCCUCUAGGGAAGCACCGUUUAAAGAUUGUGGAAUUCAUUGCAGUUUUACUGAAGACCAGAAAUGAAACUGCAGAAAAGGAAUUAAUCACCUCUGGAACUAUUCAAAGAGUUCUUGAUCUUUUCUUCGAGUACCCAUUUAAUAAUGCUUUGCAUCAUCAUGUUGAGAGUAUAAUAUAUUCCUGCCUAGAAAGUCGAAAUGACGCCAUUAUCGAUCAUCUAUUUCAAGACUGUGGUAUGGUAACGAAGGUUCUACAAACAGAUAGUUGUCCCACCCUUUCUGGUAAAGUUAAUCAGCCAACCUUGCCGGCAUCUGGGAGAAAUGCACCUCGAGUUGGGAACCUCGGACAUGUCACACGCAUUGCCAAUAAGAUCAUGCAGCUGGGAAAUAGUGAUAGCCGCAUCCAGACACACAUCAAGGAAAGUCGUGAAUGGAAUGAGUGGCAGGCUACAGUUCUACAGGAGCGUAAUAUGGUUGAAAAUGUGUAUCGAUGGGCCUGCGGUCGUCCAUCUGCACUACAAGAAAGAGGUAGGGACAGUGACGAGGAUGACAUUCAUGACAGAGACUAUGAUGUUGCUGCUUUAGCAAAUAAUCUAAGUCAAGCAUUUAGAUACAACAUAUAUGACAAUGAAGAAGGUGAAGAGGGUCAUGGAACUCUUAAUCGAGAUGAUGAGGACGGUUAUUUCGAUGAUGAAUCCGCUGAAGUCGUCAUUUCAUCCCUGAGGCUGGGUGAUGACCAAGGCAGUUUGUUUACAAAUUCCAAUUGGUUUGCUUUCCAAGACGAGAGGAUGGGGGAAGCACCCACUUCAGCUUCUGAAAUGAUGGACGAGAUUAACUUGAAUGGGACAUUAAACUGUGGUAACAGCAGCAGUGACGAUGAGGUGGUGGUUGGAGAGGACGAGGAGUUGGUGGUUGAUAACAAGUAUUCCAACAAUAGUACAUCUGUUUCUAACCUUAACCCCUUUAUCGAAGACGAUGAUGCACUAAAUGAUGGAGGUUUGAAAAUGGACAAAAAUAGUGAUGUUGGUAUCUUUAGAUGUGAGACAACAGAUGAGGAUCUGUUUGCAGAUAGGCCUAUGCCUGAAUGGGUAGGAUGGGCCGAGUCUUCCAAUCACCCAAUUGCUGCUGACUCAGGGUCAGGAGUGAACCCUUUUCUGGAUUACGAAAAUACCCCUAGUUCAUCGGAGACGGCAUCAGUCAGUAGCCCAAGUGCCAAUGGCACAUCGACGUUGGAUUCAAACCAAAAAAUGCCGUCGUUGUUUGAGGAGGACGUGGAAUUCGUAGGGGUUGAAUUAGAAGGGACAGAGAAGGCGAUGGAUAUGGCUCUUAAGGAGGACAUCGUUGGAGAAGCAGGGCCGUUGAAAAAGAAGGUAAUUGCUGAAAAAGAGAAGGCAGAUGGCAAUGGAGGUGAUUCAAAUGAUUUUAACGACUCCAACUACUGGAGGGUUGAGCAAGAGGUUUCGGUUUCGGUUUCAGAGUGAGUGAGGGUUACAUCUCCUCCUGUUUAGUAAUGUGGACGAACCAAAGCAAGUUGGUUUGGGGGUAAUGCAGCUGCAGACAUGAAUGUACAGUAUGAUUUUGUUUUCAGAGUUGAGGUUGGUUUACCUAUUUAUUAUUAUUAUUAUUUAUUAUUAUUAUUAUUAAUUAUUUUGUAUCAUCUUGAAAAGAUCCUUUUUUUUUUUAAAUUUAUCAUCUGUUAGUAUUUCAUGCCUGUAAUGUGUUGGAUAGUGUAUUAAUUUAAUCACAGUCCGUUAGUAAGUGU